UGGCUAAGUUGUCCGAGAAAUGCAACAUUCAAGUCCCCAUGGAAGUUCUUUGUUUGAUUGACGAUGGAAAGAACCCGGACGAGUUUACAAGCAGGGGAUGUUAUUAAUGGCUGCAUCAAGUUACAAAAGGCAAAACUGAUGCUUUUAAGGAUUUGAGAAAACAUAUUCUGGAGGAGCUUGAAGAGACUUUCCCUGAUGAAGUUGACAAGUAUAGAGAGAUCCGUGCUGCUUCUGCGGCUGAAGCGAAACGGCAGGCGCAAUCUCAAAGUGUCUUGUUACCCAAUGGGGAUGCUAAGGUCAAGAACGAGAUUCAGAAGCUCUAUCAUCACCAUGGAUGCAAAAGGAAAAGGAAAAAUGGUGGAAGAACUUCCGAUGAUGGGUGAAAGCUUCACCUCCAGUGAGAGUCUUCCCCUCCUUGCUGCAACCGAUCAUGAAACCGAUCAUGAGGAUGUGGGUGAUGCAAAAGUGACCAUAUCUCUGGGAGAACUUCAGAUCGGUGAAAGCUUAACCUCCAAUGAGAGUCUUCCCCUCCUUGCAACAGAACAUGCGGAGGAGGUUGUUCUUUUGGAUCUCCCCCCCCUUGUUGUUGACAACAAUGUGCACAUUGAUCAUGAGGAGGAGGUUGUUCUUUUGGAUCUCCCCGCCCUUGCUGUUGACAACAAUGUGCACAUUGAUCAUGCGGCUCAGGAGGAGGUGGAGGAAAACGUUUUGCCCGAUGUUGGAGCUCACAACAUCCGUAACGUCCGAGGAAGGCCUAAGAGGAGACCAUUCACUGAGCCCCUCUCCCCACGCUCUCAAGCUAGGUCAAUGAGAGGAAAGCCAAGCAAGCGGCGCUCAAGAAAGCUGAGAACAGGAAGAAAUCGAAACUAAAUGUGCCAAACAACGAUGGGUUGAAGAAAGCUGAGGAAGAGGCGCUCAAGAAAGCUCAGAAAAGGAAGAAAUCGAAAUUCAAUGUGCCAAACACAAAGAUGGGUUGAAGAAUGCACGGAAACCACAAUUGUAAUCAUUCCACUCCCACUCUUUCUCCUAUCAUUUUCAAGACUACUCUUAAAAACUUCUACUUAUCUUUUUUCUGUCUGGACUCUUCUACUUUGUUAUAUCUGAUGUAACAUCUCUCUUUGUCACCUGACUUUUGAUUCGAGGAGUGAUGAUAUAGUAAUGCUUUUCUUUUGA